UGCUAUUGGCUUUCAUAUCUGUGACGGAACCGUUACAAUGUUUUCAUCCGGAUUAUAUAGCGAGCUAAUAAGUAGCUAAGAACCAGAGCUUCGAUGGGUCGGAUUUUGAGAAACGACUUUAAAAAGAACGGGGACUCCGUGACAUAGCCGCAUCAUGCUGGGCUUGCUGUUCCGCAUCCACGGCCUGUUCGUGGCCUCCCACCCCUGGGAGGUGAUCGUGGGGACCGUGACUGUGACCGUCUGUCUGAUGUCCAUGAACAUGUUCACGGCCAGCGACCAGCUCUGUGGCUGGAACUAUGACUGCCCCAAGACAGAGGAGCAAAUCCUGAGCAGUGACAUCAUCAUCUUAACAAUCACAAGAUGCAUAGCCAUUCUGUAUAUUUAUUUUCAAUUCCAAAAUCUGCGACAGCUUGGUUCGAAAUAUAUAUUGGGGAUUGCUGGUCUUUUCACAAUAUUUUCCAGUUUCGUGUUUAGCACUGUCGUUAUUCAUUUCUUGGACAAAGAGCUCACAGGCCUUAACGAAGCAUUGCCUUUCUUCCUGCUACUGAUUGACCUCUCCAAAGCAUGCGCCCUGGCCAAGUUUGCCCUAAGCUCCAACUCUCAGGAUGAAGUGCGGGACAACAUUGCCCAUGGAAUGGCCAUCCUGGGUCCUACGUUCACUCUGGAUGCCCUGGUGGAGUGUCUGGUGAUUGGGGUGGGCACCAUGUCUGGUGUACGGCAGCUGGAGAUCAUGUGCUGCUUUGGCUGCAUGUCCGUCCUGGCCAACUACUUUGUGUUCCUGACCUUCUUCCCUGCCUGUGUCUCGCUGGUGCUGGAGCUGUCCCGGGAGAGCCGUGAGGGGCACCCCAUCUGGCAGCUCAGCCACUUCGCCCGUGUGAUGGAAGAGGAGGAGGACAACAAGCCAAACCCUGUCACCCAGAGAGUGAAGAUGAUCAUGUCUCUAGGCCUGGUCCUGGUCCACGCUCACAGUCGCUGGAUGACAGAACCGUCCUCCCAGAACCACACGAUCGAGGGGCCCUGUGUGGCUCUGAGCCUGAAGGACAACGUGCCCAAGAGGAUCGACCCAGAGAGGCCCCUGUGGCUGCUCCAUCUAUUCAGGGCGGUGAGCAUGGACAUCGAGCAGGUCAUCACUCUGGGGCUGGCUCUCCUCCUGGCCAUAAAGUACAUCUUCUUCGAGCAGGUGGAGGCGGAGUCUACGCUGUCUCUAAGCAACCCCAUGACCGGACCCCCGCCGGCCCCGAGGAGGGGCGGGGAUGAGUGCUGCAGGGCGGAGCCGGCUCUGCCCUGCUCCCAGCAGGGUAACGCCCAGCAGCCCAGCCACCUCGCCAAGGAGCACAAAGCUGAGGGGGUCUGCCCUCUGCCUGCCGCAGGGGAGCCAAAGAGCCCCUUACUUUUGGGAAGAAUGGCCACAGUGUCGGAGUGCUGUGUGGACGCGGCGCCAGAAGUGGCUCCAAAGCCCCGCCCUGUCGAUGAGUGUGUGUCCGUACUGAGGAACCCAGAGAUGGGUGCCGGUUGCCUAAGCGACGCAGAGGUGAUCUCCCUGGUGAAAUCCAAGCACGUUCCUGGGUGCAAGCUGGAGUCCCUGAUGGAGACGCCCGAGCGUGGAGUGGUCAUUCGCCGGAAGAUAAUCUCCUCCCAGCUGCCCAGUCCCUCCGCCCUCACUGGCCUGCCCUACAAGGACUAUGACUACUCCAAGGUGGUGGGGACGUGCUGCGAGAACGUGAUUGGCUACAUCCCCGUGCCGGUGGGAGUGGCCGGGCCGCUGCUCUUGGAUGGGAAGCAGUUUCAGGUCCCCAUGGCAACGACAGAGGGCUGCUUGGUGGCUAGCACCAACCGAGGGUGCAGAGCCAUUGCUCUGAGCGGGGGCGUCAGCAGCCGGAUCCUAGCGGACGGGAUGACCCGCGGGCCGGUGGUGCAGCUGCCUUCUGCUUGUCAGGCCGCCGAGGUCAAGGCCUGGCUGGAGAACGCAGAAGGAUUUGCGCACAUCAAGGAGGCCUUCGACCACACCAGCAGGUUUGCACGGCUGGAGAGGCUGAUGGUCACCCUGGCCGGGCGGAACCUGUACAUCCGCUUUCAUUCCACCACUGGGGACGCCAUGGGCAUGAACAUGAUCUCCAAGGGCACUGAACAGGCACUCUCCAGGCUCCAGAAGGAGUUUCCCGAGCUGCGCAUCCUGGCCGUGAGCGGGAACUUCUGCACCGACAAGAAGCCAGCCGCCAUUAACUGGAUCGAGGGCCGAGGGAAGUCUGCGGUGUGCGAGGCCACCAUCCCAGGCAGAGUGGUCCGGGAGGUUCUGAAGACCACCACAGAGGCCCUCGUCAGCCUGAACAUUAACAAGAACCUGGUGGGCUCCGCAAUGGCGGCCAGCAUCGGGGGCUUCAACGCGCACGCGGCCAACAUCGUGACCGCCAUUUACAUCGCCUGCGGGCAGGACCCAGCGCAGACGGUGGGCAGCUCAAACUGCAUCACGCUGAUGGAGGCCGCGGGGCCCGCCGGGGACGACCUGUACGUCAGCUGCACCAUGCCCUCCAUAGAGCUGGGCACCGUCGGGGGGGGCACCGGCCUGGGCCCCCAGCAGUCCUGUCUGCAGAUGCUGGGCGUGCAGGGGUCGAGUCGCGGCUGGCCCGGGGAGAACGCCCGGCAGCUGGCCCGCGUGGUGUGUGCCGCCGUCCUGGCCGGGGAGCUGUCCCUCAUGGCCGCCCUCGCCGCCGGUCACCUGGUCCGAAGUCACAUGAUACACAACAGGUCUACAGAAAGCUUGCAAUAAACUCCAGGCGCAUGUACCAACAAAGCAGCCCGAACACGGAAUGUACACUAGUUAGGAUCCUUCAGACGGGGGUAGAACAAUCCCACAAUGCCAAGCCUGCUGAAGUCUAACCUCUACGUGACAUCCCAGUAUACAACACCAGGAGGGAAACUCCCUGCCUGGAUGGCAAGUUUAAACUACAGAUAAAAGCUGGAUCACUUCAUGGCGAUUUUGACCGAUUGGAAGGCAGUGUGAUCUGUGAACACGGCUGAAGCUCAUGCCACAGGAAUCGAUCCCUUCUCCAGUUGGUGGUUUGACAGUCUGCACUACGUCAACAGGGUCCAAAGGCCAUGGGUGUGAAUGCUUGUUUGUUUUUGAGUGAAGCCACGUACAACUGACAAACGUGUCAUGUACUUUAAGUCCUAAAUUGAAAUAGGACCGCCCAAGUCAAUUUUAUGACUUGGACAUAAUUGUAAUAUUCUGCAGUUCGGCUCAGCUUACUUGGAGCAGGCUCUCUCUGCUGGAAAUUAUGGUAAUUUAAAUAAAUUAUGGUGCUAUAGUAUUAUAAGAGAAUAUAAUAUAUUCUGGUAUGAAAGAACAUGAAUAUGGAUUUAAUAGAAUGUGUCCAUUACUAUUUCGCUUUUUAAUGGAUUUGGCUUUUUAGUCAAGGGUCAGUUAACAUGGUCAUGAAGAAUAUGGUUUUUAGCACGUACCAAAUACAGCGUAUGGUUUUACUUUGCACUACAGUAGUAAAUAUGAAGUGAUUCCUUGAACUAUAAUUGUAGUUAUUUUACUUGAAUGUGUGGUUCCUGUGAACAGGUUAAAAAACUGCUGGACAGUCAUGUUGUACAUUUUGAAAAUGGAGAGAUUAAGCACUACUAAUUCAGGUAUUCUGCACAAUUGUAAGACGGUUUUUUGCUGUCUAUAAAUUGCUUACUUUCAAGUGUCUGCAUGCUGUUUUGUAUUCAGCAGCUAGUCAGGUUGUCCUGAAUGUGAUCUUCAGUUCAGUGGAGAUAAAUGUGCGUGCGUGUGUGCAUAUUUAAAUUCAAGAUAUGACAGCUGUUAUCACAAGAUAUGUGCUGAGACUGGAAAGUACAUUUAAUCCAGCUGCAAAGCAAGACUAUCAUUUACCGUCAACAACUAUGUCUUUUGUACUUCUUCAGUUGUUCGAAAUAAAAAGAUGACUUAUUUCUUA